UUAUUUUCUCCCCAAACUUUUAAUAUUUUCUUUGAGAAAACCGUCCAUCUCUCUCUUAUUUAAGCCUUUGCCUGCCCAUUUCUCUGUUUCAAACUUUGCACAUCUUCAGCAGCAAAAAACAUAUAAUAAAUAAAUGGCUGCUUAUCUUCGUGUAAUUUUUUAUCAUGUUAACUGUUCUUCUUCUUCUUCUUCUUCUUCUGGAAAUAUUAAUAGCCAUGAGCCUCAUAUGCAGACGCUGAACUGUGUCAAAUAUGACAGGAGUUCUCGAAGUAAAGUGGAGUUGCUGCGCCACAAAGCUGGAGUUGCAAGCACUUCUUUGGCUUCUGUUGUUGCAGAUAAAGCUUGCAUGCCAGAAGUUCAUGUUCGCCAAAAUAUUCCUACAGCCAAGCGGUUUGUUGAUCCUCAUCGUCAGGGACUCAUCAUUGAAGGAGGAGUUGGCUACAGGCAAACUGUUGUUAUUCGAUCUUAUGAGGUUGGCCCUGAUAAAACUGCAACUCUUGAGAGCCUCCUUAAUCUUUUCCAGGAAACAGCAUUGAAUCAUGUAUGGAUGUCAGGACUACUAAGUAAUGGAUUUGGAGCAACACAUGGAAUGAUGAGGAACAAUCUCAUAUGGGUUGUCUCAAGGAUGCAAGUUCAAGUUGAUCAUUAUCCAGUUUGGGGAGAGGUAGUAGAAAUCGACACAUGGGUUGGAGCAUCCGGAAAGAAUGGAAUGCGUCGAGACUGGUUGAUCCGAAGUCAAACCACAGGUCACAUUUUCGCUCGCGCUACAAGCACUUGGGUGAUGAUGAAUGAGGCGACAAGGCGUCUCUCAAAAAUGCCAGAAGAGGUUAGAGCUGAGAUCUCACCUUGGUUUAUAGAUAAGCAAGCAAUCCAAGAAGAUGUUCCUGAGAAAAUUCUCAAGUUGGAUAAUAAAGCUAAAUAUGUGAACUCUGACUUGAAGCCUAAGAGAAGUGAUCUGGACAUGAACCACCAUGUCAACAAUGUAAAGUAUGUCAGAUGGAUGCUCGAGACUAUCCCUGACCAGUUCCUGGAGACUCAUCAGCUAUCUGGUAUUAUACUGGAAUACAGAAGGGAAUGCGGAGGUUCAGAUAAAGUUCAAGCUCUUUGCCAACCUGAUGAAGAUGGGAUCCUAAAAGAAGGGGUGAAACAAGACAGCAGAAUCACUCUACUCAAUGGAUUUUCUCUGGCAUCUGAAAUCGUCAAUGGCGCCGGACUCAUCGGUUCCUUUGAAAAGGGUCCAUUGAGAUAUACACAUCUUCUCCAGACUGAAUAUCAGGAGAUUGUUAGAGGUAGAACAACCUGGAAAGAGAAGCUGCCACCCAUGCCAUUUUCAGCUUAGCAUUUAAUAAAAAGAUUACUACAAGGGGUUUAGCAAGGAAGGGGGUCGGUCCAUUAUGAUGUGCCUUGAAAUAAUUUUAUCUGUAAGGGCACUAGUGGAUCUGCCUCUGUCCCCAGAAUUUUUUCAGGGGUCCGCUCCAGUAUUCCUGUCAAGCUCAAGGAAGAUUGAAAUAAAGGUGACAGAACACAAGCAGUCAUGGAUUGUUGCCGAAAUAAGUGGGUCAAAAAGGUGAGGCGGUGAUUGUGAGAAAUGGCUCUAAAUUGAGAAGUUCUAGCGAUUACCUCUGUUUCCGUGUCAGCAAGUUUGUACCAUAGAAAUUAAUUGUUGUAAUAAGUUGAGUCUAGUAACACUAUUAACAGUUCCUAAAUCCUAAACCACAAGCUGUACACGAUGAACAAGUCAAGCAAAAUUUAUCAAGAACUUGCUCAUUGAUUGAACAGACGUCAAGUUCAAGCAUAACUCUGUUGAAACUUCCUACUAGCAUUUAGCCUAUUUAAAUGCCUAUCAACAUGAAUAAAAGUGAA